CAAUGUUGCUACUGAUGAUGAUGGAUUCGAAUUUACUUUUUGUUUAAUAAGAAUGUUGAUCAUCAGAUUUAAUGAAGUUAUGUCAUUGACCGGAUUUAUCGUAUUUAUAUUUUUUGGUACUGGUCAAAAUGCUCUAUCAACCUAUAGAAUGUGGGGAAGGAAGAUUCAUCUGGAUUCUUUCUUUUCCUGUUUUAAAGAGAGACCUGAAGAUUUUCAAAUCAAUUCUACUUUUCACGCCCCUAAAUCGCCACAUUCUUUCAAUUCACAUCAAUAUUCCAAUUCUCUUGGUGAUAUAAAAAUCAUUAUUCCAGAUCAAAAUAAAGGCAAUAAUAACUUAUUAUUUCUUAAUGGUCAUCGUAUACCAUCAGAAUGGCUUAAUGUGAUAUAUCAAGUG